AUGGGUAACAGAAAUGCUCGUCAGCAAGGAGCGCCAGGAUUAGACUAUUAUGGACAAGGAUACGAUAGUUAUCCCUAUGAACCAAUGAUGGAAAAUUAUGGUGCCGGAUAUGAACCCUAUGCAGAGUAUCCGUCGGGGUACGAACUGACGGAGCCAGCUAUUAAUAAUCGAGGAGGAGAAUACAUGCCAACUAUAUAUUCACGCGGUAUACUUCCUCCUCAGAACCUGGGUGCUUACGGAGGAUUGGGAAAUACCUUUGGACUAUCACCACUUGGAGCAUCUGCAUUGGGUGGUUUGAACGGUUAUGGUUCUCGAUAUCCGUAUGGAUUUAAUCCGAUGAUUCAUCAACAAGGCACAAUGGGACCAAAAAUACGUAAGAUUUUUGUACCUAACCACGUGUUUCCACAAUUUCAACAGAUGCUUCAAGGUGGCGGAAUGGGAAUGAAUCCAAUGAUGAACAUGGGUCAAGGGUAUGGCUGCGGUGGAAGUCCAAUGAUGCAGAGUCCGAUGGGAAUACCCCAGGGGUGCGGUCUGGGAAUGCAACAACCAAUGAUGCCAAUGAGCGGCGGUUCUUUGCCGCCCAACUGUUGUGCCAUGUCAAUUCCAAUAUCAGGUGCUAUACCAUCAGCCUCUAUGGGAUCGUCUUGUUGUCCACAACCAAUCAUGCAACAAAUGCCGUGUGGUCCUGUAAUGCAGCCACAAAUUCAAAUGCCCUGUGCCCCUCCCAUGCCUAUGAUGCAAGCUCAAAUUCCGUGUCCACCACCUAUUAUGCCACAAAUGCCAUGUCUUCCUCAGAUGAUGCCACAAAUGCCAUGUCCACCACCCAUUAUGCCACAAAUGCCAUGUCUUCCUCAGAUGAUGCCACAAAUGCCAGAAAAGCCACCGAGUCAGCACCAGAUGCCAUUACUUCCAGCGGGGCAGCCCCUAAUGC